ACAAGAGCAAGGUAGUACAGUUGCCUCUGGUCCUCUCGACCGUUCGCUUCGUUGAUAGACGAAACGAUCGUUGUAUCUCGUGUUGAAAUUCAUUUCGUCACUUGCAUCUGGUGCAAAAAGUGAUUAUAAAAUUGUGGCAAUUGAUAGAAGGUUAUCACCAUUCAAUUAAGUGCUUGGAUUUCAUAAUUUUUGUGUCAGUGUGAAGAAAGAAACACAAAAAAAAAAGCUGAAAGCUCAUCAGAAUACCACACAUCUGACAAACAUCCACCAUGUUUGAUGUGUUUGGCUCCGUUAAGGGGCUUCUUAAACUCGAUCAAGUAUGCAUCGACAACAAUAUAUUUCGUCUGCAUUACAAGGCAACGGUGGUAAUCCUGAUAGCCUUUUCUCUGCUGGUCACCUCAAGACAAUACAUUGGUGAUCCGAUUGACUGCAUCGUGGAUGAAAUUCCUCUGAAUGUGAUGGAUACAUACUGCUGGAUUUACUCAACUUUCACCAUACCUAACCGCCUGACCGGAAUUGCAGGCAAAGACAUAGCGCAGCCGGGAGUGUCAAGUCACGUCGACGGCCAUGAUGAAGUGAAGUACCAUAAAUACUACCAAUGGGUCUGCUUUGUACUGUUCUUCCAAGCCAUGUUAUUCUAUGUUCCACGCUAUCUGUGGAAGACAUGGGAAGCAGGCAGGAUCAAGAUGUUGGUUCUUGAUCUUAACAUGCCAGUCGUUAAUGAUGAAUGUAAGGACGAGAGGAAAAAGAUUUUGGUGGACUACUUCGUUGAGAAUAUCAACAGACAUAAUUUCUAUGCAAUUCGCUUUUUCAUAUGUGAAGUUUUAAACUUCAUCAACGUUUUGGGACAAAUUUACUUCAUGGAUUUUUUCCUUGAUGGCGAGUUUUCGACAUAUGGCAGUGACGUUGUACGUUUUACAGAAAUGGAACCAGAGGAAAGAGGUGAUCCAAUGGCUCGCGUGUUCCCUAAAGUUACAAAAUGUACAUUCCACAAAUAUGGUCCUUCAGGCAGCGUCCAGAAGUUUGAUGGUCUCUGUGUAUUGCCUUUGAAUAUUGUAAACGAAAAAAUCUACGUAUUUUUGUGGUUCUGGUUUAUCAUUUUGACUAUUUUAACUGGAGCGUCGCUGGUGUACCGUUUUGCAGUCAUUUUCAUGCCUAAAGUAAGACUGUAUUUGCUACGAGCGAGGUCGCGCCUCUCUUUGCACGAUGAAGUAGAACUAAUCUCAUCAAAAUGUCAGCUGGGUGAUUGGUUCAUUCUGUAUCAACUUGGAAAAAAUAUCGACCCGCUAAUUUACAAAGAAAUUAUUUCUGACCUCUCUCUUAAGUUAGAGGGCAAAGAGAUGGUUUAACGCCAGAUGGGAUAAUGCAGAAAGGAAUAAGAAGUGUAUAACAAGCGGAAGUUCAUCGAUCCUAAAUUUUUACAUGCACAGUAAAAAGAAGAAGACUAGAGACAACACGGCAGCACUUUCGAAGAUCUAAAAGCAAGGAUCACACUGAAUAGGGUACAGCAUAAACGUUUCUACAAGACCCGAGUGAUUCUCUACUACUGGUAAUUGUGCACUCGACUGUGGAUUGGAUCGUUCUUUUACAUUUUGCGUGCAUUCGUUUUGAUCAUUCAGACAUUCCAUUCAAUUUCUUCCAGUAAAAUAAUGUUCUACACUUUAGCGAUCAAUAGAUAUGAAAGUAAGAUAAAUCUGCCAUAACAUAUUCUUUUUGUCUGAUUAGAAAUAGGAACUGAAUUAUAAUUAUAUUAUAUCGUAGAGACUUUCUGAAAAUUUUAAAAUUGCCCAUUUUAAACCCAUGUUAUUUCAAGACACUCCUUUUAUCAUUCUUUAUGUCCUUGUUGUUUGCACUGAUACUGAAAAAAAAAAAUCUUUGUACCAAGAAUUUUAGUUUCGUUCGAAACAUUUUUUUAAUUUAUUUGAACAGCGUUUUCUGUGAUGAUCAAAUUUUAUAUGAGCAACAUUGAUAAGUCAGCAAUAAACUGUAAACCUUUUUUUUUUUAUUUGUCUUUCAGAUCUUGUUUUUACAAAUUAACUUUCAAUUACUGCCAGGAAUUUUUAAUCCCGGAUGUUUUUUUGCCCGUAUUCUUUUAUGCAGAUUUUUUAUGCUUGAGCAUUAGAAAUUCAUAAAAAUAGAAUACGACAAAAAAACAUCCGGGGAUAAGGAUUCCUCACCGUAGCUAUUACAACAUAUCGACAAUAUGUUUCUAUAUUAUAAACUUGCAUUUAGAUAAAAAAAAAACAAAGGAGUGAUCGGAGAAGUAUUAUUGUGUUUGUCGAAAUAAAUAAGAAGUGCCUCUUUUAUUAUUAUUUGAACAGCAAAAAAAUAGCAGUGAAAAAAAUCACAAAAGUCUCAAUGUGAAGAAUACAAAUUGUAAUCUUAUAUUUAAUGUUUCAUCAAUCAGCUACAUAUACGAAGACGACAGGCAUUUAGUUUUGAUAUUGUUUGUUUCGAUACAUCCUGUUUUUAAACUCGUGUUUCAUGCACGGUAAAUUGAGUGACAAUACUCCAGCAUCUAUUUCCAAAACAUUUGGUGAUUUUAGAUAAUAAGAAACGAUAAAAAAUAUUAUACGAAUAGAUGGCAGAUUUAAUUUAGGAUGAAAUAGAAAUUUGAUAAAGA